AAAGGAAAGCCACUACGGUGUAACCGUGAGCUUCGUCUUUGACUCCAUAUGCCAUCAGACGCCACAAUGGAUUCCUGUUUUCGCACACUUUGCAUGACUUUUGUCCUGGCCUCGUUUAGCCGGAGGUCAGGUGCGGUCGGACCGAUUAUCAGAUGCGAGCCAUGUGAUGCUGGAGCGCAACUUUUGUGCAAACCUUUACCCAAGGUCUGCGCCGAGAGAGUCCAGGAACCGGGCUGCGGCUGCUGCAUGACUUGCGCCCUGAGCAUCGGCCAGCCUUGCGGCGUGUACACCGGAAGAUGUGGCUUCGGACUGACUUGUCGGCAUCAGCCCGGUGAGACGAAACCUCUGCAGGCUUUGCUGGAGGGGCGAGGGAUUUGUGGAAACGCUACUAGCAAAAGACUAACCGUCAGAACAACUCCUCCAGUCAAUGAGCUGCCAGCAGAGAAUAGUGACACUCAGGGCGAGGAGCGCAAUUCCACUGGCUCAGAUCUUCAGCCCUUAUACAGCUUUCACAGACCCACGGAACCCCUGAAACUUCCGCUUCACCCCUUUUUCCCCUCUACCAAGUCAGAAGUCCUGAGGCGUGAGGAGCAGAAGAAAACCCAGAGCUUUAAAAUGGAGCAUCUCCCGGGACCACUCAUCACAGACCAACAAAACUUCUCUCUAGAGACCAAACAGGAGCCUGAGUAUGGUCCCUGUCGGAGAGAGAUCGAGAGCAUUCUCAGCAGCCUGAAGAUUACACACAUUCUCAACCCCAGAGGCUUUCGCAUACCAAACUGUGACAAGAAGGGCUUCUAUAAGAAAAAGCAGUGCCGUCCAUCCAGAGGCAGAAAGCGAGGUUUCUGUUGGUGUGUGGACAAAUAUGGGCAGCCUUUGCCAGCCUUUGAUGGUAAGGAGCGAAAAGACACACAGCUCUAUAACUCCAAGAGCCAAUAGGAGCAGAGCAGAAAGGAGGGAGUGAGGGUGGGUAGGAGUGGGAGCAAGAAGAACUGUAAACAAAUGGAGACACUGAGGAUAUUGGGAAAGAGGUCAAGAGAUGGCUCAGCCGAUAUAUGGAUGUUUGCUAUUUCUAUCGGUUGCCUGUGGGACCUUUUUCUGAGGCAGGGCAAGGGGAACAGAGGAGGACUACCAGGAAGAAAAAGCAUCCAUGUUACAGAUACAGUCUGUAGUUUCCUGCAGCAGAUGGAUUCUUUAUAUGUGUUUGUCUCUGAUGCAGUCUGGACAGCUAGUAAGAAAAGAAUACAUUGAAAGAAUUUAUCUCUGAGGCCCUGUUCUGAUUCUUAAACCCAGAGACAUUUGUACCUGUCAGAGUUCUCUUCAUUUACGCACAAAUAAGUGGCAUUGCACAUGUAUAUAUGCUUGUGAUGUGUAAUCAUAAAUUGUAUACCUAUGAUUUGUUACAUAGAUGUAUGUCAUGACACCCAUAAAUGUAAUUUUUGACUAUGGCUCAGAGUAAGCAUGCAGUGCUUUACUAUGAAUUCUGUUUUUUUUGUUGUUGUUGUUGUUGUUGUUUUGUUUUGUUUUUCCCAGAUUGCUUCCUGCUCCUUAGGAAGUUAGGUACAGCUGUGCAGUUCAUACAGGACAGUGCAUAUAAUGUUUUUUAUGCCACAGAAAUAAAGAGGGCCAUUUUAUUUUAUCUGUAUUGUGGUUGUUCAUGUUCCUUUGCCACUUCUGUUUGCAUAAGCUGAAUUUUUGGGCCACACCAUUAUCUCUGGCUUCUGUCUAGCCAGUGUUCAAUUUUAAUGACUUGCCUUGCAAAAAUGCUGUUUGCAUGUACAAUGCAAUCCUCAGAGGUAUAU